CUCUAGCAGUUUGCACUCUAUGCUCCGCGGUAGGGGACAGCCCGCCGGCCAGUCGGGAGGGGUGCGCAGAGGGAGGCGGGGCGGGAAGGCAAGAGGUGUCUCCUCCGCCGGUGCCGCGGAAGACCCGAGCCAGCUCUGUGACAGCUCGUCGGCCGCCAUGUCAGCGAGUGGGGCUGGAAACCGGCGGGGCGCCCAGCGGUAGUCUUCUGUUCGCCCCCGAUUCCCAGACAUAGAAGGACUUUAAUGAAACUUAAAUGGUUCAGCAGAAGAUGCUCUAAUGGAUGAUUGUGAAACUCCUACAAAUAAUCUGCAGAUAGAACCACAAGAUGGGUGUCAUCCUGAUGAGAGUCUGGACAGCAUAGUAACACGCUUGCCUUCUGCAUCAGAUGAAAAUGAAAAUCAGCUUGAUGGGGACAGUCAUGGGCAUCUGACCAGCAGUGACAGUGCAAUGGGCAGACCUGAAGUGUUUGAGCAGGACAGUCUCAACAAUAAUGAAAACUGCAUGCCAAGCUGUGAAGUGGCUACAAGUGGAAACUCCGAGAGUAUUCCUUGUGAAGAUUUCAGAGAUGGACAGACCUUGGGAAAGGACAAAAAAAUAUCCGGAAAAAGAAUUUCAAGAAGCAAAAGAGGCACGACUAAGAAGAUGCCACAAGGAUUUUCUUCAGGAGAUGCCACAACUGUAAUACGAGAACACGUGCCAAGUGAAGCCACCGGGACUGUUACUGAAGAGUCUGCUAAAGUAGAUGCUAAUGAGCAGCCAAGCAAUGAUGAAGCCUCAAGCCUAGUUCUGCAAGCUCUCUUCUCACUUAUACGAGGUGAAGUUGAACAGCUGGAUUCAAGAGCACUGCCCCUUUGCCUUCAUCAGAUAGCUGAAUCGUAUUUCCAGGAGGAAGACUAUGAGAAAGCAAUGAAAUUUAUACAGCUUGAACGAUUGUAUCACGAGCAAUUGCUUGCAAAUCUUUCUGCCAUUCAAGAACAGUGGGAAACAAAAUGGAAAACUGUGCAACCACAUACAGUUACAUCACUAAGAAAUUCAGAAAAAGGAUUUAAUGGUGAAGAUUUUGAACGGCUUACUAAAUUUUGUACAACACAUCAAGAUCCUCUUUUACCCAAACAUAAGAUAGCAGCUGUAGAAAAGUCCCUUAGAAGGAAAUGUUUUACGCAAUUAGUAGUGUCUGAAGAUCCAAAGGAAAGAGGAGCCACAGCCAAAGAGUCGGAGAGCAAAAUUUGUCUGGGCAUGGAACCAAGUAAAGGCCAACAUAAAGAAAAAACCCUGGAGGGUGGCCACUGUGAUAUUAAGAUGGACAGGCAGGCAGAUUCCCAGAGUCUUCCAGUCACUGCAGGGAAAGACCACACGGAGGAGCCGCCCUGCCGAGCUGAAAGCACACUGGAGCUCCACGCCCAGCCCUCAGAGACAGUGUGGAACAGGUCUGGACAGCAAUCUUCCGAGAAUGAUUGUGAGGACGACAACCGUUUGCUGCUGGCUCAAACCCAGGACUGUGAAGAUGUGAGGAAAGUAGAAGACACUACUGAAGACCCUAAGGUGCUGAUUUCUAGUGAGUCAGUGAUUUUGCCAGGCUCUGACCAUAUACCUCUUGCAUUGAUUUCUGAGGACAAAUAUUCACACAGUCAAAGAAAGGAACUCCGACUGCCACUUCAGGUUGCUUCAGAGGCAUUGUCUACAGACCAACUUGAGAACAAUGAAUUAAAUGAGCUGCAGCAAUCUGAUCUCACAGAUAGCGAUGGAAAAUUACCACCAGAGCAGACUGACUCAGAGGGCUCUCAGACUGUAUUUUGUGAGAAUGGUAAAACAUCUGACUUAAGCACAGUGCUUCCAGAGGUGUAUAUGGCCCCAGAGGAAAAGGGAGAUCACGAUGACCUAAUCAGUAAAGAAGCAGAAGACUAUUUGCACAACUUUUUAGAAGGAUGCCUAAAGGAUGCUGAAGAUUCCCUUUCAUAUGACGACAACCAAGAGGAAGACUCUGAUCUCCUUCAAGAUCUUUCUCCUGAAGAAGCAUCCUAUAGUCUACAAGAGAAUCUACCUGCAGAUGAGAAUUGUCUUUCACUUGAUGAUCUUGCAAAAAGAAUAGAGAUUGCAGAGGUUGCUCCUGCUGAAGGACUGGUCUCUAUCUUGAAGAAGAGGAAUGAUACUGUAGGUGAUCAGCCUGCCCAGAUGCAACAGAAACCAUCGAAGCGAAGAGUGAGGUUCCAAGAAAUUGAUGAUAAUUUAGAUCAAGAUGAAAUUGGAGGUGGAUCCUGUAUAUUGCUGGUCUUGCUGUGUAUAAUAACGGUUUUCCUUAGUGUUGGAGGGACUGCAUUAUACUGCACAUUUGGGGACAUGGAGUCACCAGUUUGUACGGACUUUGCAGCCAAUGUGGACUUCUACUACACUAAGUUACUGCAGGGAAUGGCAGAACUUAAACACUGGAUCUACCUCUCCUAGCAGCAUUCAAGAGUGACAUGGCAUGCAUGCAAUGAGAAUCAAAGAGUGAAACUUUCCAACAGCUUUUAUUUCAGGAGUUCUAUAAACCUAUCCCUCCCCCACACUGAAAAACCACGGACACCAGAAACAGCAACUUUAAAUGGAAACCCAGAGGCACUCUAAGACUCACUCCCCUGAGUGAGGCAAAUAUUCAUCUGAAUAAGGUGGAUGAUCUUUGGAGAGCAUGACCAUCUUCUCAUGGUUUCCUAUUGUAGUGAGCCUACACUGAGCAGAAUUAAAAAGGGCAGUGCUGGGAGCCACACCAUUUUUCAACCACCUUCCUUAUCAUGGUCACAGUUACAGGAUCAUUUGGUUUACACUUGUUGGUCCAAAGACAUUGCUUCCAGCGAUCAUGCAAUACAUUGGUUUUUAUAAUCAGAAGAACUUAACAGUUUUGACUUUUUUGUUUUUUUUUUAGUUAACUGUGUGGGCUUUAUAAUUUAAGCUUUGUGCAUUAUUUCCAGAUUGUGUCCUCCAUUUGUGAAAUGCUUUUGUGUGUGUGUGUGUACUUGCUUAUGUGUUUCAGUUAUGAUAACAGGAUAAGCAAACACCCACCAUAGAACAACAGAGAUUAUCUUUAUUCUUUUAACUUGACUAUAGAUGUGCAGGCACAACACUCAGAAGAGUGCUUAACUGUGGAACAGAUCAAUUAUAGAAAUAUCAACCCUGAAAUGAGAUGGUGUAACAGAUCAAUGAUGAUUAACUUGAUUAAUGAGAUCUUAAUUAAUCACAGCUCUAGAAGUAAAGUUAUAAAACUUUGAACCUCAGCUGACCAGAUUCAUCAUGGAUUCACGACUUCCCGGAAUAUGAUGAAUUCUGGACUGAACUCAGUAAGAGCAUACUGAGCUUGUGUUCUGAAAAAUCUAAGAAUCAGAAUACAAAGAUAAAAUAUUCUGCUUCAGGUGUUUUAGUUCUGGUCUUAUGUAAAAUAAAAUUUUAGCAAAUUAAAUAAAAUCACUCCUUACAAUUCUGUUUUAACAGAUCAUGAGUUCAGAUGUUUGAGUAACUUCAUAUCAUGAGCUUGACUUAGAGUAAGCAAACAUUCAGUCAGAUCUUCAGUGGGUAAAUAACUGAUUUUUAUUUAAAUCUGUCAGGUUGCAUUUCCUUUUCUAAGACACAGUGGGUUAACUUUUUAAAAAAUAUCAUACACUGCAUUUUUAAAAACACAUAAGUUAUGGUUUUUUUUUUUUUUAGCAAGUGGUAAUUAUUUCAUGUAAUCUUUUCCACAAUCAUUUAAAGAAAUAAGGGAGAAAAAUUACUUUCUAGUUCCUGCUGGCUGGUCCAGUACUUCCCUUUGUGUUCCUGCUUAUUUAUUAGAUCACAUGAUCCUAAAAGGGCUUUUUAUAUGAGUUGAAAAGUAUUUGCUGAGCAUGCAUUUGGUUAGCCCAAUAUUAGGUGUUUAAUUAGUAUGUACUUAGUGAUUGAUUGAAUUUUCUGUAAUUUCAGUUCAAUGUGUUAUCAGGCCUAUUUUUAAAUUAAUGUUUUAUUUUUCACUUAUACUGUUAGAUGUGUCUCUAUCAUGUCAUUGCAAACUGAUAUUUCAAAAAGUAUAGAUCAGAGAUAUUUAUUUAGAAGCAUACAAGAUAAUGAAAUUUAGAUUCCUUAUACUUAAGGCUGAUUUUAUUAGAAGAUUAUUUUAAUGUUCCAUUAUAAAUUUUAAGAAUUUGUAUUCAAAUUGUAUGUAAAAUAAUGUACAGUGUUGACAGUACUAUCUAUCUUAUGUGGUUCUAUAAAACAUAUUCACAAGCUAUGGGGGGAGGGCACCCCCCCAUCAAAGGCAAACCUCUUCUGUUUUACCCUCAUGAAUUCUAGUUAGCAAAAUCUGAUGAUACUGAUUUCUCUUGGCUUUAUGUCAAGAAGGCUUAAAAUAUCCCUCCUCUUCACCUUUUUUAGGCUUCUGUCAAAACCUUGAACAUCUGUAGUAUCAUAUAUAUUUGCCUAAAGGCCACCACUUCUAACAUUGAAGGAUUCCUGGGGAACGUUAGCAUUAAAAUGAAAUAAUUGAUAUAA